AUGUCAGGCAAUACUGCUGCCAAUGCCGCUGCGCUAGCAGCGUUUAAUGCUAUCGGUAAAAAGAAGAAUGAAUCUACAACAACAAUUAAUAAACCAUAUGGACUUGAAAAUCAUUCGUCAUAUUCAAUAUCAAGUACUAAUUCAAAGUCAAUACGUAAUCCAGUACCUACUCAUCCAAUCACAAAAUCAAAUACUGCUAAUAAGUUUUCACAACUAAGGAAAGUAGAUACAUCAAUGAGUUCAUCCAUAUCAGCCGCAGCAUCGGCAAGUGCUUCUGCCUCUGCUUCUGCUUCUGCUUCGGCAUCUACAUCGAGUUCUAGUGGCGGUUGUACUACUCCAUCCUUACAAACAUCUGUUUACAUUUCAAGAUCUCCAGUUAGUCCCAUGACUACAAGAAGACAAUCAACUACAUCAACCUUGAAAGAAUCACCUAAUACUAAUCAUCAUCAGCAUCAGCUUUCGACGUUACCAAGUAGUAAUUCCAAAACCUCAAGUAAUCUGACACAUACGCCUAAAGAAAUGAUUGAGAAUGUAAAACAAUCAAUUGAAUUAAAAGCAAUUCCAAAUAAUGCCCUGUCAAAACGUAUAUCUACAGACUAUUCGCCACAAGAAAUGAUUAAAAAUUUACGACAGUCAAUUAAUUCAAAAGCUAAAACUUCCCCUGUUUUACAACCUUCUGAAAAAGGACAAUCAAUGUUGAAUGAAAUGAGAGAUCGUCUUGAUAAUACAAGAAAAAUAGCUUCUAGUAGCAUGGGGAAUUUAGCACUUUCUCCUGGAUUAGAAGUAAGUAGAAGUCAAAAUAGUGGUAAUUAUGGUUAUUUUUACAAUGAUGAUGAAGAUGACGAUGAAUAUUUGUUGGAUCAAAAUUCAUUUGCUUCUUUUGAUUCUAAUUUUGAUGGUAGAGAAGCACCACAUGGUAUUAGUAUCGAUAUAACACAUCAUGACGAUGAUGAUGAGGAAGAUAAUGAUCAAGAACUGGAAUUUGUAGAAGGAAGACUGGAGUAUGAUGAAGAUGACGAAGACGAGGAUUGUUCUGAUGAAGGAACAGAUAAGAUUCAAGAUGUUAAAAGUAAUACUGAUAAAGUAUCAAUAUCAAGUCGAUUAAGAAGAAAACCUCCUCCUGGAGAGGAAUUUAAAAUGUAUCUUAAUGAUAAGUCAAGAGAAACUGUUUCAAGUGGUUCAUAUUCAUUAAACCCUACUGAUCUUUAUUCAUUAACUGAUGAUCAAGAACUGCAAGAAAUGUUACCUAUUGUUUCUAUCCCUAGUGAUUCAAAUAAAACUUUCCCACAAUUCCCAGAUAUUAAACACCAUCACCACCAUCAUCACCAUUAUCCUCAUAAUCCAUUAUUCAAAAUAAAAAGAAAUUCAUUCAGAUUAAGUAGUGAUUCAUAUGCUGGAACUAUGGAUCUGAGUUUUAAUGGUAAUAAUGAUGAGUAUGAAGGAGGAGUAAUGGCAGUGGAAGAUCCAUCAAGUAAUGGACCACUGAGAUCAUCAACUCCAUUGAUUGGACAACAACAAACUGUGCAAUUUAGAAGUACCAUGAGAAAAACUAAACGAAAAGAUAAGAAAUUUAUGUUUGAUGAAUUAAAACCAUGGAAAAAUCAUAAUGAAUUGAAUUAUUUAACUGAUCAAGAAAAGAAAAGAUAUGAAGGUGUUUGGGUUAGUAAUAAAGGAAAUUAUAUGAAAAAUGUUAUGAUUAAACUAAAUGGAGUUAAUUAUGAUACAUCGAAAGAAAUUCAACAGCAACAACAAGUACAGGAGAUUGGUACUUUAGAACAUUCAAGAACAGCAGCUAAAUUAUCAGCAAUACCAAUUGGAGAUAAUCAUAAUAGUUUACAUAAUUUAGAUUCAGUUGAAAUUGAACAAUUAAUAUGUGGAUCAGUAGUUAAAAGAAUUUGGAAAAGAAGUAGAUUGCCAAAUGAUAUAUUGGAACAAAUUUGGAAUUUAGUUGAUUUUAGAAGAGAUGGUACAUUAAAUAGAAAUGAAUUUCUUGUUGGUAUGUGGUUAGUUGAUCAAUGUCUAUAUGGUAGAAAAUUACCUAAACAGGUUGAUAAAGCAGUUUGGGAUAGUUUAGGAGGAAUUGGUGUCAAUGUUAAUGUGAUUAAAAAGAAGAAGUAA